CUGACAUCAUGGAUCCAUAUGUCCCUCCCGAGGGCGAUGCCCGCCUGUCCACCCUGUCCAAGGAGGGGCUGAAGCAGAAGAUGGAUAAGCUGAAGCAGACAGCGGCCUCCCAGCUGGCCCUGAGGAAGAUCAAAGAUCACGACCCGGAUUUCAGCACUAAAACCUUCCCAGAGAAGGCUCAGGAGAUAUUUAUCGAGGCUCACAAUUCCCUGGCAAACUUCAACAAGCAGAAACUUCACUCCCUGGUGACCGAGCGCUGCUACCCCGACAUGGUCCGUGGGAACAGGUACAAGACCAUCAGGUGGAGGUUUGUGGAGUCCCUGGAGCCCCCCAGGGUGGUCCAUGUCCGCUGUGACAGCCUCGUGAACAGGGGCAACCUCUAUGGGCAGGUGACAGUGAGGAUGCACACCCGGCAGAUUUUGGCCAUCUACGACCGCUUUGGGCGGCUCAUGUACGGUGGGGAGGAGGUGCCCAAGGAUGUUUUGGAGUAUGUGGUGUUUGAGAGGUACCUGGUGAACCCCUAUGGCUCGUGGAGGAUGCACGGGAAGAUCAUCCCAGAGUGGGCCCCUCCAAAGGAUCCCAUUGUCAAGACGGUGAUGAUUCCUGGCCCCAGCCUGGAUCCCUCACAGGAGUAUGAAGAAGUGAAGUAGGAAGUUCUGGAGCCUGCACAGGGACAGCAGUGCCAGCAGCCUGGGAGGGAGGCAGGGCUGGGAAUGGUUGGAUGUGGCUGUGCCUGCCCUGGGAGCAGCCAGCAAACAAAGUGGCUUCAGAAAUGGACUCCAGUCACCCCAAAUCUGUCCUUAAAGGAGCGAGAGGGGCUCGGGAGAGGGAUUUGAAUGAGCCCUGAGAAGGGCUUUACUCUGUCCAAGGACUCUGUGUGCUGCAGCUUCACCCCCCCUGUGUUUGUCCUCAGGGCCAUUCUCUGUCCUGGACUUCCAUUGUGAGAGCCCUUGGCUCUUGGAGAGCCCUUGGAAGUGUGUCCAGACGUGGGAUAUUUGUCACUUCCAUGGGAAGUGUCACAGACCUGCUGGUCACUCAUUAAAACUUCCACCAGUA